AAUUUUUCGACACCAUCAUCCAACAUACAGUGGAGCAAACUUCUUUUAUUCGCGUGAAUUUUUGUAGUUCAAAUACUGGUAAAAAUCGGUGCCAGAUCUAGAAUUUCGGUGCGUAAUUCUACGCUGGAAGUGACCGUCCUCGAAGGGAACGUGUUUGUCCGAAAGAAAUUGAGCCCGCGGUUACAUAAUUUACGUUCGCAAUUUUGUACGCAAAAAGGCGACAAGAAAGGUAGGAGGAAUAUCUCCGGUGGAAGCGAAGGAGGGCUGGAAUAGCGAGUUUACGCUGUGCUAUAGGUGUAGAUUGUGGCGCUUACAACACGCUGAAUGGGCAUUUGCGGUCACCGACAAGCAGGUUCCGGCAAUCAGCAACAACAUCGAGUGACAGGAUUAGAACCAACGCUUCUGUUGUAACACCAAACAGACAAUUCCUUCAAAACGGAUAACUUAGCAAGGAAGCAACCGUAAGAACUCACCUCCCCCCGGAUAUUCACACCAUGGACAACGAUGGCCUGUCCAAUGAGCAGACGGAGAAGGUGCUGCAAUUCCAAGAUAUCACCGGUCUGGACGACAUCAACGUGUGCCGGGACAUUUUGAUUCGACAUCAGUGGGAUCUGGAGGUGGCAUUCCAGGAGCAUCUGAACAUCCGCGAAGGACGGCCAUCUGCCUACGCUACCGAGUCCCGGGCACCACAGGUCGUCAACGAUCGCUUCCUGCAGCAUGUAUUUGCCGCUCAGCGAGGUCCCACCGUCCCAGUGCCAUCCGGCGUCGGUGGAAUGAUUGGCUUCGUGGUCAAUUAUGUGUUCAACUUUUGCUACAGCACGCUGUCUUCGAUAGUGACCGCAUUCCUCAGUUUAUUCAAGGAUCGAGAGCGAAUUGUAACCGAUCCCUUAGGCGAUGUUUUGACCUUCAUUCAAAACUACAAUGAAAAAUUCCCGGAACAUCCGGUAUUCUAUCAGGGCACAUACGCUCAAGCAUUGAACGAUGCUAAGCGCGAGCUCAAAUUCCUCCUAGUCUAUGUUCAUUCCGAGUCAAAAAUGGAGACGACCAGUUUCUGCAGAGAUACACUUUCCAAUCCCCAAGUUAUUGAGUACAUCAAUCGACGGAUGCUCUUCUGGGCGUGCGACGUGUCCGCUCCGGAGGGAUACCGUGUAUCGCACUCCAUCAAUGCACGGAUCUAUCCGGUGCUGGUUAUUAUUGCUCUGAGAGCAAACAAGAUGGUCAUAAUGGGCCGCAUGGAAGGUUACUGCAAUGCCGAGGAACUGAUACGGCGCAUGGAAACGGUAGUGAACGAUAACGAAGUAUGGCUCAAUCAGGCCCGUUCGGAACGGUUGGAACGAGAUCUCACACAGACUCUGCGACAGCAGCAGGAUGAAGCAUACCAGAUGUCCCUGCGAGCCGAUCAGGAAAAGCAACGUCGGAAACAGGAAGAACGUGAUGAAGUCCUACGCGCCCAGCAAGUAAUCGAAGCAGAACUACUAGCCGAGCAGCAAAGAUUAGAAAACAUCGAGAGGCUCAAACUGGAAUUGGCUUCACAAGUGCCUUCCGAGCCGGAACCGGGCGCACCCGGUACGAUCAGUAUAGUCUUCAAACUUCCCAGUGGCCUACGGUUAGAGCGAAGAUUUCACUCGUCCAACACCCUUAAGGACGUCCACAACUUCAUCUUCUGCCAUCCGGAUGCCCCGGAUUCAUUCGAGGUCACAACCAACUUCCCGAAACGUGUGCUACAAUGCGAGGCCAAAGAUGACGAGACGACACUACCCACUCUGGUAGAUGCUGGUUUGAAAAAUCGUGAAGUGCUGUUCGUAGCGGAUUUGGAUGCAUAGAGAACGCGAAGAACCGAGCAUAAUAGUCCUGUAAGCAAAGCGAACGAUUGUUAAGAUUAGGAAGAAUCUUGAGACUGUGUGGAGGAUGUGUGAAAUCAUGUACUGCUAGUGAAUUGGCAAACGGUGUCACGAAUGCAGAGUAUCCUUUUCUUCAGUACAUAUUCAACUGCUGUGGGAUGUGUCUUCUCUCUGUUCUUUUCCAAACGGCUGAAACAUUUCUAUCGGAUAAUCAUUUUCAAAGUAUGUAUACACAAAA